AUGGAUGUGGACGUGGUCGUGGGCGUGGACGUGGACGUGGACGCGGACGUGGACGUGGACGCGGACGUGGACGCGGACGCGGACGUGGACGUGGUCGCGGACGUGGACGUGGAUGUGGUGGUGGAAGUAGACGUGGACGUGGACGUGGACGUGGACGUGGACGUGGACGUGGACGUGGUCGUGGACGUGGAUGUGGACGUGGUCGUGGACGUGGUAGUAGAUGUGGACGUGGACGUGGACGUGGUCGUGGACGUGGACGUGGUAGUGGACAUGGACGUGGACGUGGUCGUGGACGUGGACGUGGACGUGGUCGUGGACGUGGACGUGGUCGUGGACGUUGUCGUGGACGUGGACGUGGACGUGGUCGUGGACGUGGACUUGGACGUGGUCGUCGACGUCGACGUGGUCGUAGAUGUGGACGUGGACGUGGACGUGGUCGUGGACGUGGACGUGGUAGUAGACGUGGACGUGGACGUGGACGUGGUCAUGGACGUGGAAGUGGACGUGGACGUGGACGUGGUCGUGGACGUGGACGUGGACGUGGUCGUGGACGUGGACGUGGUCGUGGACGUGGUCGUGGACGUGGACGUGGACGUGGUCGUGGACGUGGACGUGGUCGUGGACCUGGACGUGGACGUGGUCGUGGACGUGGACGUGGACGUGGAUGUAGACGUGGACGUGGACGUGGACGUGGUGGACGUGGACGCGGACGUGGACGUGGACGUGGUCGUGGACGUGGACAUGGACGUGGUGGUGGACGUGGACGAGGACGUGGACGUCGACGUGGACGUGGUCGUGGACGUGGACGUGGACGUGGUCGUGGACGUGGUCGUGGACGUGGUCGUGGUCGUGGACGUGGACGUGGACGUUGUCGUGGACGUGGACGUGGUCGUGGACGUGGUCGUGGACGUGGACGUGGACGUGGAUGUGGACGUGGUCGUGGACGUGGUCGUGGACCAGGUCGUGGACGUGGACGUGGACGUGGUCGUGGACGUGGACGUGGACGUGGACGUGGACGUGGUCGUGGACGUGGACGUGGUCGUGGACGUGGACGUGGACGUGGUCGUGGACGUGGACGUGGACGUGGUGGACGUGGACGUGGACGUGGACGUGGACGUGGACGUGGUCGUGGACGUAAAUGUGGACGUGGACGUGGUCGUGGACGUGGACGUGGUCGUGUUUGUUGACGUGGUCGCGGACGUGGACGUGGUCGUGGACGUGGUCGUGGACGUGGACGUGGACGUGGUGGACGUGGUCGUGGAGGUGGACGUGGUGGACGUGGUCGUGGAGGUGGACGUGGACGUGGUCGUGGACGUGGACGUGGACAUGGUCGUGGACGUGGACGUUGUCGUGGACGUGGACGUGGACCUGGACGUGGACGUGGACGUGGCAGACGUGGAUGGGGACGAGGACGUGGACGUGGGCGUGGAGGUGGGCGUGGACGUGGACGUGGACGUGGACCUGGACGUGGACGUGGACGUGGACGUGGACGUUGUCAACGGGAGCAAGCUCUUGGACGAGGCAAGCUCUUGGACAAGGCAAGCUCUUGGACCAGGCAAGCUCUUGACCAGGCAAGCUCCUGGACCAGGCAAGCUCGUGGACCAGGCAAGCUCCUAG